AUGCCCGGAACCAAGAAGCUCAAGGCUGGCGGGUCCCAAAAGAAGGCCCCCGCCACCGAGAAGUCCAAAACGACCGCCGAGCCACCUACACAGCUCAUGAAUUUGGUCGAAUCGUUCCUCUCUGAGCACGACUUCACCGACGCCCAUCGCGCAUUCACAAAGCAACGGGCCAAGAAGGGCUGGAAGGGCGGGAAGUCGGGCACCGCUGACGGCCAUUCCUUAAUCGCUGUCUUUAAAACUUGGGAGACAUCCCUUGAGAAUGCCGACUCCGGGAAGGCCAUCAAGGCCGCGGCCAAGAAGACCACCAAGGUCAGCAGCAGCAGGGACAGCAGCGACGAUAGUAGCAGCAGCAGCGAGUCGGAGUCGUCGGACAGCGACAGCGAGGACAAUGCCGACGUUGAUAUGAAGGACGUUAUCGAAGAGUCCUCUAGCUCCGACUCGAGCAGCAGCAGUGAGAGUGACAGCAGCGACAGCGACAGCGAGGACGAGAAAAAGACGGCGAAGUCCGCAGCCGCGCCGAAGCCUGCAGCCAACCCUCUGAAGCGCAAGGCCGUUUCCGAAAGCAGUGACUCGUCUGAUUCCGACUCCGAUUCCGAUUCCAGCUCUGACGAGGAGGCUCCCGCGUCCAAGAAGCAAAAGGUCGCCGCCGCCCCGGUCGCUGCCGAAUCGUCCUCCGAAUCGUCCUCGGACUCUUCCUCUUCAGACUCCGACUCCAGCUCCGACUGUGAAGCCGAGUCUAAGCCAGCCACCAAGAAGACUGCCGCCAAGAAGGAAACUGCCAAAAAGACCACCACCAAGAAAAAGGCUGCCCAGAAAGACGACUCGUCUUCCGAUUCCUCUUCGUCGUCGUCCGAGUCAGACUCGUCCUCGGAGUCUGAAUCCGAAUCCGAAUCGGAAGACGAAGCCGAGGAGGCGGCUAAGGUCCCCCUCCCCGAAUCCGACUCGGACUCCUCCAGCGAUUCCUCGUCUGAUUCCUCCGACUCUGAUUCCGACUCCGACUCAGAGAAGACCAAGACCAAGACUAAGACCAUCAAGCCCACCGCCUCCCCGCCUACCACCGGCUCGGACACCUCAGCCACCCUCGACCGAGCCUCGCCCAAGGUCUUCCCGGUCGACGGCGACGCGCCGCUCCCGCCGGACCCGAGCACGUUCAAGGCCAACAACCGCGGCAGGAACGGCAACGGUGACGGCAACGGCAAGGGGGCCACCCAGCCCUUCUCGCGCAUCGACCGCGGGCUCGAGGUCGACCCCCGCUUCCAGUCCAACGCCUUUGCCGGCCACGACUGGGGCCGCAAGGCCCACGAGGACCUGAUCGUCACGCGCGGCAAGGGCUUCACCAAGGAGAAGAACAAGAAGAAGAAGGGCAGCUACCGCGGCGGGCGCAUCGAUACCUUUGCGGUGGGGGGGAUCAAGUUCGACGACUAA